AAUCCUGUCAUUAAAAAUCCUGCUCAUCAAACCGCCAAGAAAGGAGAUGGAAGCAAGAUUAUUUUCUGUCUAAGACAAAAAUGAGUGAUGUGUGGGAUUCCCCUUGGCUGCUGUGGAAAAGCAGAAGGGACGCUUCCUGGUUGUAUGCAGUGAGAGCUUUUGGGAUCAUACCAGCAGCUGAAGGACCAAACUGUAUGAAGAUCCAGUGACCAACAAAAUGCCAGAAAAAUCAACGCAAUCCUGCAGCCUCUGAAUCAUGGGAAAUGUCGAGAGCCAGAAUGGGGACCAUGCCCUCUACGGUAACGAACGUGGCUAUUUGUCACGUAAGCACAUGUCUCGGUCUCUUCGCAUCUCCAACAAGCAGUCCAGACGCUCUCGACAUGCUUCAUCAGGGAAAAUAGAGCACAGGAACUCUGAGACGAGCACACGCUCAAGUAGCACCCCCAGUAUCCCACAAUCCCUGGCUGACAAUGGACUGGAGCCUUUCAAUGAGACGAAUAUCCUCCCAGACUUCGGAAGCCCAAUUUGGGUGGACCGUGUGGCCAUGAACCUGCGGCCUGUGUCCUUUCACAAUGACCUGGCCAAUCCGUCCGUGCACAUGAAUACGAUGCACAUAACCCUACCUGGCCCCACUGCAGAGGAGGUGCAGGACGAAGAUGUGUACACAGGCGAGGUAACCUACCUCCAGAAAACUCGGGACGGCUCCAAGGAGACCGUCAGCUUCAAGAAGAAAAGGUCGAAGUCUGCAGACAUGUGGCGAAACGACAGCCUGGAGUUCUCCCUGUCUGACCUUAGCCAGGAGCACCUGACCAGCACAGAGGAGAUCAUAGACGCGGCCAACGAGAGGGACUUCACUGACUGCAAAGGACACCUGCAGUCCAGCCCCUCGGACUCCGCCGACAGGGCCAACUCCCUGGACGAGCUGUAUAGCCAGAAGAUCCCCGCCCGCAGGCAACCCCACGGCCGCUAUGCCAAGUGGCACGACGCCAACAGGGCUAUCAGGGAGGGCGAAGACGAUAAGAUGCUCUCCCCAUCAGAGGAGGAUGGUAACCCCUACGGUGCGUACACCCUCCCUUGCCGGCGCUCCCACUGCCUGUCCGAAGGCCUGAGCAGCCACCAAGCCGCCAUGUGUGCCAGUAUGCAGGGCAGGAGGGCGCAGACUAUACAGGAUGUCACGGCCGGGGAGGGCAGCGAGUACGAGGACAGCGGCAUCGACGGGGUGACGGCGGAGGCCGAGCACCAGUCUCGACGCUACAAGACCAUGUCGGCCUCCUUCUCCGUGUGCUCGGCGGCCGGCAGGAGCAUGUUCGCCGGCAGUGACAGCGGCAGCAGCAGUGGUGGCGGCGGGGCCGGCGAGUGCGUACAGGGCGUGUACGAGAACUUUCGCCAAGAACUGGAAAUGAGCUCCUGCCAGACGGAGAGCUUGGAGGAGGCGGGGUCGGCCCUGAGUGACGAGCAGAGCACUAUGAGCUCCGCCUACCAGUCGGACCCGUUGCUAAGUGUCGCCCAGGGGAUGGUGCGCAAAGCCGGCAGGCUCGCCGUCAAGAACUUCCUCGUACAUAAGAAGAACAAGAAAGUGGAAUUCGGCCACGAUGAUACAGAGCCCUCCGCCAUGGCACUGGCUGCCUCUUCCAAACACCAGUGCAGGACCGUGACUGGGAGGGGACGGCCCAGUGAAUAA